UUUGACAGAGCAAGAGGGUUGGAAGGAUGGUGAUGGGGGAACGUACCAGGCUUAAAAUAUAAGUUUGUUUUUGUUUGUUUAUCAUGAUCGUUAUACCUGUAAGAGUGCUGCGCAGUAAAAGGCUUUAAAUUGAUAUCACAGCAACAGGGCAGAGUAGGAUGGCACUAGACGCAAGAGACGCGUGUAUAGAGAACCAAAGCUAGCCUCCGUACUGUACACCGCAACGCGGAAAAUAUUAAGAUGUUGGAGGACAGAAUUCAAACGAGAUGGAAACAAUGUAGCACCGCAGCGGUAUUUCCGAUAUUUGGAUAAAAGAAAGACUACAAAGUACCUUCAUGUAUACAUAAGGAGAGCCCUCGGCAUCAGAAAAAGAAGGAACCGCAAUUCGAGUGUCUUUACAGCUACCAAAGGAAGAAGAGGGACAGAAAACUGCAAUAUGUUGCGAAGGAGGCUCAACCGUUUGUUUGCGGGAGAUGAGAAGAGGGUGGACAGCAGGACGAUCCACGUGGGACACCAGACCUGUCCGGCCACAGACGCCUUCAUCCAGCCUAAAUUCUGCGACAAUAGGAUUGUCUCCUCCAAGUACACAGUUUGGAACUUUUUGCCAAAAAACCUGUUUGAGCAGUUCAGAAGAAUUGCCAAUUUCUACUUCCUAAUUAUAUUCCUGGUACAGGUGAUAGUGGACACGCCCACCAGCCCGGUCACGAGCGGUUUGCCCUUGUUUUUUGUGAUCACGGUGACGGCUAUCAAACAGGGCUAUGAGGACUGGCUGCGCCACAAGGCCGACAAUGAGGUGAACAAGUACCCCGUGAUAGUGCUGGAGGAGGGUCAGUGCACACACAAAGAGAGCGAGAAGAUAAAGGUGGGUGACAUUGUGGAGGUGGUGGAGGACGAGACCUUCCCUUGUGACCUGAUCCUUCUGCGGUCCAGUCGGGAUGACGACACCUGCUUUGUCACCACAGCCAGUCUGGACGGGGAGUCCAACCACAAGACACACUACACAGUGCCUGAUAUUGAGAAGGAUCUGGAAUCACUUAAUGCAACCAUUGAGUGUGAACAGCCCCAGCCAGACCUCUACAAGUUUGUAGGCCGUAUGCACAUUUACAGGGAUGGCCAGGAAACUGUUGUGAGGUCUUUGGGCCCAGAGAACUUGCUUUUGAAAGGCGCUACAUUAAAAAACACCAAAAAAAUUCAAGGUGUGGCUGUUUACACAGGGAUGGAGACGAAGAUGGCCCUGAACUACCAGGGGAAGUCACAGAAGCGCUCGGCUGUGGAGAAGUCAAUCAACGCAUUCCUCAUCGUGUACCUAUGUCUCCUGGUCAGCAAGGCUCUGGUGUGCACCACACUCAAGUAUGUGUGGCAGAGCCACCCUGGCCAGGAUGAGCCCUGGUACAACCAGAAGACCCAGAAGGAGAGGGACACCAUUCAGUAUCUGAAGAUGUUUACAGAUUUCCUUUCCUUCAUGGUACUCUUCAACUUCAUCAUCCCCGUAUCCAUGUACGUCACCGUGGAGAUGCAGAAGUUCCUGGGCUCCUUCUUCAUCUCCUGGGACAAGGACUUCUUUGACCCUGAGAUUCAGGAGGGGGCGCUGGUCAAUACCUCUGACCUCAAUGAGGAGCUGGGGCAGGUUGAGUACGUGUUCACAGAUAAGACGGGCACUCUGACACAGAAUAACAUGGAGUUUAGAGAGUGCUGCAUUGAUGGCUUCCAGUACACAUAUCAGGAGUGCCAGAGCGAGGUGGACGGCUACUCUGUGACAGACGGGCCUAUCAGCAAGCUGCAACAGAAGGCGGGCAGGGAGAAGGAGGACCUGUUCCUGCGGGCGCUGUGCCUGUGUCACACGGUGCAGGUGAAGGAGGUGUGGCAGAGGUACGGAGGCUGGGACCAGCUGGACGGAGACGCCUAUGGGGCGGCGGAGCAGAGCAGCUUCAUCGCUUCCUCCCCAGAUGAGGUGGCGCUGGUGAAGGGGGCCAUGAAGUACGGCUUCACUUUCCUGGGGUCAGACUGUAAAAGCAUGAAAAUAAUGAACAGGGACAAAGACAUCGAGGAGUAUGAGCUGCUGCACGUGUUGAACUUUGACCCGGUGCGACGGCGUAUGAGCGUGAUUGUUAAAUCCAAAUCAGGGGAAAUGCUUCUCUUCUGCAAGGGGGCGGACUUGUCCAUCUUCCCCCGCGUUAACCAGGAGGAGGUGGACAGGAUACGAAUGCACGUGGAGCGCAACGCAACGGAUGGGUACAGGACGCUGUGCGUGGCCUACAAGCAGCUGAGCGUGGAGGAGUACGAGCGGGUGGACGCCGGGCUGAGAGAGGCCCGGCUGGCGCUGCAGGACCGUGAGGAGAAGCUCAUGGUCGUUUACAACCAGGUGGAGAAUGGGAUGACUCUGAUUGGAGCCACAGCAGUGGAGGACAGGCUGCAGGAGCAGGCCGCUGAGACCAUGGAGGCCCUGCAGGGCGCGGGCAUGAAGGUGUGGGUGCUGACAGGCGACAAGAUGGAGACAGCCAAGUCUACCUGCUACGCCUGCCGGCUCUUCCAAAGGGGCACGGAGCUGCUGGAGCUGACGGUGCGCACCCUGGAGGUUGGAGGCCGCCAGCGCGAGGAGCGGCUCUACGAGCUGCUGCUGGAGUACCACAGGAAGGCAGUGCAGGACACCCCACCCGUCAAGACGGUGGUCACACGGAGCUGGAGCUCAACCGUCCAGGAGUACGGCUUCAUAGUGGACGGAGCCACGCUGUCGUUGGUGCUGAACACCAGCCGCUACAAGAGCCUGUUUCUGCAGAUCUGCCAGAACUGCACGUCCGUGCUCUGCUGCCGCAUGGCGCCGCUGCAGAAGGCGCAGAUUGUGAAGAUGGUGAAGUGUUCAAAGGGGAGUCCCAUCACUUUGUCUGUUGGUGAUGGAGCCAACGAUGUCAGCAUGAUCCUGGAGGCACAUGUGGGCAUUGGAAUCAAGGGCAAAGAGGGGCGACAGGCGGUUCGGAACAGCGACUAUGCCAUCCCCAAACUCAAGCACUUGAAGAAGCUGCUGCUGGCCCACGGGCACCUGUACUACGUCCGCAUUGCUCACCUGGUGCAGUACUUCUUCUACAAGAAUCUCUGCUUCAUUUUACCUCAGUUCUUGUACCAGUUUUUCUGUGGAUAUUCUCAACAACCCCUGUACGACGCAGCCUAUCUGACGAUGUACAACAUCUGCUUCACCUCUAUGCCCAUCCUGGCCUACAGCCUUCUGGAGCAGCACAUCUGCAUGGAGCUCCUGCUGGACAAUGCCACUUUAUACAGGGAGAUAGCCAAGAACGCCAUGCUGCGCUGGGGUCCCUUCCUGUACUGGACGAUGCUGGGGGUCUUCCAGGGUCUGCUCUUCUUCUUUGGAACAUACUAUCUCUUCAGCAACCCUGCAUUGCAGGAUACUGGCCAGGUGUUUGGUAAUUGGACCUUUGGGACAAUAGUUUUUACAGUUCUCGUCUUCACCGUCACCCUGAAGCUGGCCAUGGACACGCGACACUGGACCUGGAUCAACCACUUUGUUGUCUGGGGCUCCCUGGUCUUCUACGUCUUCUUCAGCUUCUUCUGGGGUGGAGUCAUAUGGCCCUUCCUCCCACAGCAGAGGAUGUACUUCGUCUUUUCCAGCAUGCUGAGCUCCGUGUCAGCUUGGCUGGUCAUCGUCAUGCUCAUCGUGCUCAGCCUGCUGCCCGACGUCCUGCUCGUGGUCCUCCGCACCCCCCGGGGCCCCCACCCCCGACAGAAGAAGCUGAGUUACUCAAGUGCUGGGGGCUCCCAGUCUCCCAGGUCUUCAGCCAGUCCCCUGCUCAUGAGAACCUUCUCAGAUGAGCCCAAUCCUGUCCUUUGA